AUGCGCCGGUCUCAAGCGUAUCUGCCCUGGUCAGUUUUGCUGGCUUCUUUGGGCGCAGUGCAGGCCAAGCUUGACUUGGACUCGGACAGCAAUAUUGUUGUCUACUGGGGACAAAACUCGUUGCAAGGGAAAGGCGGCGAAGUGCAGCAGCCGCUGGCACAUUAUUGCGAAAAUGACAAUAUUGAUGUCAUCCCAAUCGCAUUCGACAUGAUGGUCAACGGACCCGGUGGAGUCCCAGAGGUCGACUUCUCCGUCACCAGUCAGGACUGUGAUGUGUUCCCGGGAACACAGUUGAAGAACUGCCCUCAGAUUGGCCAGGAUAUCCAAACAUGCCAGGACAAAGGCAAAACCAUCCUCUUGUCCAUCGGUGGCGCAACGUACAGCGAAGGUGGCUUCAAGUCGGAGGCGGACGCCAAAGCUGGCGCACAGCUCAUCUGGGACACUUUUGGACCCCAGAAAGAUGGCUCUGAGGCUUUGCGGCCUUUUGGCAGCGCCGUUUUGGAUGGCUUCGAUUUCGACUUUGAGGCCAGUGUCACAAACAUGGCCCCUUUUGCCAACGAGCUGCGAUCCCUGAUGGACAAGGAGACUGGCAAGCAGUACUUCCUCACGGCCGCCCCCCAGUGCCCGUACCCCGAUGCUGCGGACAAGGAUAUCUUGAACGGCCCCGUCUCCAUCGACGCGGUGUGGGUUCAGUUCUACAACAACUUCUGCGGCGUAAACAACUUCGACACGGAUAGCACGAACUCCAAGUACAACUUCGAAGAAUGGGACAACUGGGCCAAGACCGUGUCACAGAAUAAGAAUGUUAAGGUAAUUUUGGGCGUGCCAGCCGAUACGACUGCCGCCAGCACUGGCUACAUACCUGUCAGCAAAUUGGCCGAUGUGAUCGAAUACUCGAAGAAGUUCGAAAGCUUCGGUGGUGUAAUGAUGUGGGAUACGACUCAGGCAUAUGCGAACCAGGGGUUCAUUGAUGGUGUGCGCAAGGCGCUUGGUGGUCCGAAUUCCGGUUCGUCGUCGUCGUCCAACCCGGCGUCGGCCACGGCGUCUGCACCAACGUCCACUAACUCACCGAAUACCUCGCAAUCUUCCAAUGCACCCGGCUCCUCGUCCUCCUCUUCCUCCUCCUCUGGAUCUGGCUCCUUAUCCGGUGGGCCUGAAAAACCGAAAGCUACUACCGCCUCGACUACCAGCGCCACCAAACCUACCACCAAGGCGAAGCCUACCGAAUCCGCUACGAAGUCAGAGCCAGAGACGACUAUCGCGAAGCCCGCCAAUAAGCCGACUACGAAGGCGACUACCACGACCAAGCCCGAAGUUGCUCCUAAGCCGACUACGACUGAGCCCGCUCCGAAGCCGACUGCUGACAAGCCGACAACUACUGAGCCUGCUCCCAAACCGACUACCACUAAGCCGACUACGACUGAGCCCGCUCCCAAACCGACUACGACUGAGCCCGCUCCCAAGCCAAAUACCACGACCAAGCCCGAAGUUGCUCCUAAACCGACUACAACUGAGCCUGCGCCGAAACCGGCCACUACUACCAGGCCCUCCGUGGUCGACCCUGAUGAUCUUGCUGAUCCCGACCUUACUCCUAUCGACCAGUCAAAUGACGAUGACGAUGAUGAUGAUGACGACAGCAACAGCACAAAUAAGCCAGCCAAGAGUGACCUUAUCAGCUCGGAUCUCUUUGGUCUCUUGGAUGGUCUCAAACAGGCCAAUGGCGUCGUUGAGGGUCUAACUCACGGUUUGACCAAGAACCUCCGUCGUGCGAAGCGUAUUGGAUACAACUAA